CGUUCGUGCUUUCUGCGAUAAAAGAUGGUACGAAAGCGCAACAUGUAGGACGUUCACGAGGAUUUCCUCAUUUAAAGACGAUUUUCGAGUGUCUGUAGGCCCUUUAUACUUGAAAUGUGUAUUGAAUUCGGACCAUUAACGAUUGAUCUGUCCAAAUUCAGUCGAAAGAAGGCCGACUGGGGCCGCCACAGUGGAGGAAAAAGGAUUUUCGACGAUGGUUGUGAGGUCGUCUCCUGGCAGUAGGUAGCGGUACAUUCUCGCUGCAGGAUAAGGGUAGAAAGGGUCAGUGCAGAUUAAAGGUGCAAGAAAUGCAAUUUUUGUAUUUUUUAACCUACUGCACUAUUCAAGAGUAGAUCAUAAUGGGUAAAGCAAAUGUUCCAAAGAGAGGAAGAACUACUGGAAAGACAAGACCUUUACGCAGUGACAACCAACCCCGAGGGAUGCCCACAAUAGUGUUAAAUAAAAGUAAAUCUAAAAAAAUUAAGGUGGUUGUCACUAAGAAAAAAGCUAAUUUGAAAGCAACUAAGGCAAAACCAGCAAAGGCAAAAUCAGUGGUUGAAAAUGAAGAUAGUGACACUGCCUCUGUGGCUUCAGCAAGAGGUAGACGAAAUGCUGCUGAUCAUGAAGCCAGUACUUCAAAAUCUCCAAAUGAAACUGAGAAGAAGGUAUCUAAGAAACCUCAGAGAGCUGCAGAGAGAUCUGAAUCUCCUGCCACAACAAGACUUUCCAGGAGUUCCUCAGCAAACAGUGUUGUUGGAAAAUCUACAGAAACUAAAAAGACUGGGAAAGGAAAUGCGGAUAAAGGAAAGGGUAAGAGCCCUGUCACAAACCCCAAACACGGAAUUAUGAGAUUUUUCCCCAAAAGAUCUUUGCCAAGCAAAGGAUCUGCUGGAAACAAGGCGCAAGUUUUGAAGAAAGAGGUUGAACAUGUUGAAGGUGACUCUCAAAAUGAGCUUACAGUUUCUGUUAACUCUUCACCUGACAGUGUGAAUUCAGGAAGCAGCAGAUCAACCCGAAUAGCGAGUGAUCGUUUAGAAGUUAAUGAUGAUGACUCAAGUGCACUGGAUGAUGAUGAAUCAUGUGUUGGAUCACAUGUAGAAGACAUCGAUAGCCACAGUGUAGAAAAAGUUGAAUCUUCUUCUAAAUCAGUUAAUGGAAAUGAAGGUGGUAGUCAGAAAUUUAUUCCUAAACUAACUAAGAAAAAUAUAAAUGAGCUUUUCCCAUCUGAUGACUCAUCUGGCAGACUUCGUUCAGGAAGCCCAGCUUCUCAAAAAUCAACAAGAUCUUUGAGCUUGCAAAGGAUCUCACCUAAAGCACCUCUGAGCUCCAGUCUUAGCUUUACCACACAGUCUGAGAGUGGAAUACGAGCUCUACGAAACGGGAAGUUAAAGAGAGCUACCAUGCCUGAGAGCUUAUUUUCUGGUUCCAAGAAAAAGAAAAGGGUUUAUGCUGGUAUGAUAAAUAAUGAUGAUAAAAUUGAGGACAGCAGGAGUGACUUCUCUGAUGAACAGUCAAGUAUUUUUUCAGAAAGUGAUUCAUCCAGUUUUAUAGAUGCGUUCUCUAGGGGAAAGAACCAUGGGCUUGAUGACAAAAUGGAUUCAGAAGAUAUCCCAGGAUCUAUGAGCAAUGAUGAGGAUGACAUUCUCAUGGGAAGAAUAUCCUCUCCUGCUCCUCAGUUAUCUCCUAUUGAAAAGAGCGCCUCAGAAUCGAGAGGUAAGGGCUUGCCUUCUGAAACAUCCUCUGUGCCAGAAGGUGCCUCUAAAAGUAGAGAAAUUUUAAACAACAUCCAAUCAGACUGGGAUUCUGAUGGUGAAACCAACAUAGAAGAUACUGAUGCUAUAGCUCCUAAAUCACCAAAGGAAGGGAACUCUGCAUUUGAUGAAUUGCUAUCAAACUCUUCUUCACUACCACCAUUAAUUGAUAAGGAUUCAUCUUGUGAUGGUAAGAAUGUAGAAAAAUCUGAUACACAAAACAGCCUUCAAGAUGUCAGUAAGCCUAUUCAAAGUGAACCUGAUGGUAGUGCAAUUGACGAAAAACAGGAUUCAGGGACCAAAUUUGUUGAAGUAAAUUCUGUUAGCAAGUCUGAUGAAAAAGAAGAUUCUGAGGACAACUCCGAUGUGCAGCAAGACACUGUCACAAGCUUUAGUACUCCCUCUGAUUCAAUAAUGGCUUCUAUUGAAGAAUCACCUCCUAAUAGCCAGCUCUCUACUGAUCCAGACAAUCCAUCUGCAGAUUCAUCUAAUAAAAUACCAGAACCAAUAGUUCUAAAGACUCAAGAUGGCAAAAAUGGCUUUGCUACUUCAGUUGACUUUGUAGCCAAGAAAAACACACGUAUUGACUUUGAGCUUCUUAGGAGACGCACAAAGAGAUCAAUGAGCUUUAAUACUGAACUCCCAGAGAAAAAUCAAAGCCAACGAAUUUUGGCUGUGGAACCAAAUAAAUUACAUGGAAAAUCUUCUCUUGUAUGGACAGUAAAAGCAGUUCGAGAACCAAUAAUUCCAAAGACCGUCACAAGCCCUGAAAAGGGACUUGCAAAGUCUGACAAUCUGGAGAGUAAGAAUACCUCUAAUGUGAAACCUAUGAUGGAGUCAAUACAAAAUGAUAAUCAGUCGAUCACUAAACCUACUCUAGAAGCAGUCCUCACAUCUGCUCCACCCUCUGUGAACAGUAGUUCUGUCAAGGAGAAUAUACUGGUGCAAAAAUCUCCAAAGCAAAGUCCAGGCAGAUCACCAGUAAGGGAAACGCUUCCAGGGGUUAUUCCUAAGUCACCAACACCUUCCAUUGUGAAAGCCACUUCAGAAAUAAGGCAUGACAACUCCGUGAAUGGUGUCAAUGAGCCCAGGGAGAAAAAUGUGGUCUCCAAUGGAAUGCUUACAUCUGCUACUGACAGUACUCUUGCAGCCACAGUUAAACAACCCUCUGAUGUGGAAGCAAUUUCAUCAAAAAAUUCUAAGUCAGGGGAUGCAGCAAUUCCUGUUGAAUCAGAAGGUGAUAUUUCUGUUGUUACAGCUGCAAAAACCUCAACAGAAGAAAAUUUUACAAAUUCUGAUUCUAAUUCACCUAAUGUUGUGACGAAGAAAAAUGAUGAAGUAACUGUAGCUUCUGAGGCUGCAAAUGAACGCUGUAACACCCCUGAACCUUGUGCAAUCCAGAUGGAUACUGAGCUUACUCCUGAUAGAUCAGCGUUUGAUGAUGGUGAGUCAUUUUGCCUUAGGCUCUCACCUACACCAACCAAGGAAGACUACAAUCAGUCCAAUCACUCUCUUCCUAUAACACCUGUGAAAGAAAUCCCGUCCAUUCCAGGAAAAGAACCAUCACCCACUGUUGAGACUAAUAAUUCCGCAUCAAAAGAUUUAGGAAACUGCAAUGAAAGGCUAAUUGACAUCCUUCAGGAUCUCGAGGCAAGGUUGCCGGAAGAAAAGAACAAUAUUGAAAUACCUGUAAUCAGUGCUGCUGAUGUUUCAUCAAGGUCAGAGAAACCCAUUUUACAGCUUGUUAUAAAGAAGAGCCUCUCUAGACCUCGCAGCCUUUCAGCUGACUGCAAUCCAUCUGCCCUUGCUUUCACAAAUGAUGACAUAUGGGUUGUGAAGAAUAAUAAUGAUUCAUCUGUUCAUGAGGAACACAGCAUGGAAACUGAUGAAGUUCUCAAAACUGAUGAGAAUGUUGAGGAUGCCAAGGAAAAUGUACCUGAGAAAUGUCAAGGUACUGUGAAAGAGGUGGUUAUGAACUCCACCACAGAAAACCAAGCUGAAAAUUUGGAGGCUGUUAUUAAAAGUACUGACUCAUCAAACAUGACAAUAGAAUGUUCAACUAUACCAGUUAAACAGCCUGGCCUUCUUUCUCCACGGCUAGAAGCUGAUGUAGAAAGACUCAAUUUGAAGUUAAAUGAUAUUGAAAAGAAACGCCGUGAAAUAACUGAAGAGGAGCAAAGUCCUGAAAAGAAAGCCAUUAAAGAGUGGGUUCUUAGUUCCUUAGGUUUGCAGUCUGUAGCUGCUGCUGCUGCUGCAGCUGCGUCAAAUGCUGGUCGUCCUAGUAAAAGACGAAGCCAAGAUGGGUUGAUUCCAUCAUCUGGCCGUUUGAAAGCUGUGAUAAAAGUUCCCAAAGAUGGCAAAAAAGAUAAAAAAGGAAACCGCAAACCACUGCGCAUGGUUUUUAAAAAUGGCAAAGUUCAUUCAGGUGGCAUUGAAGAUGCACCUGGACUAGGGGGAAAUUCCAAUGCAGACCCAUCUUUCAGGAUAGAGGGCAACACUGCUGGAGAGUUAUCUGGAGCUUCCAUGCUUCACGGGCAAGAUUUUGCUGGAAAUGGUGUUUUAAUUGAGGAAGCAACAGCCUCUGGGGCCGAAGCUGAUGGAAAAGGAAAACCUGGUACCAAUCUUGUGAUCCCAGAAAAGAGUUCAUCAUUUUCAAUACAUCCUGGGAGAUUGUGUUCAGAUGUUUGUAGCUAUUGCUUUGGAAAGUUUGGUUUAUUGGACACACCUUGCCAUGUUGCUCAAUUAAAAGGCAGGGAAAGACAGAUGAAAAUUAUGUCAGUGGAGACUCAUCUUGCACUUGAUUCGUGCUUGUGUGAUGCCUGCAUACGACAUGUUGACCGCAAGGCACAUUAUCCAUCAUCUAAGCCUCCAACUUCUCACCGGAAAGAGGGAAAAGGAAAAUUUGAGGGCCCUAUGGCCACAUGUAGUGUGAUUAGUUGUGCUCAACCUGCACGGCACAUGUUAAGGAAGAAGUGGUAUCUUAAAAUCAGAAAGAGUGUUAUUAAAAAGUGCCCCAUUGAUUUGGAGUUGGCGCAGCAAUAUUUACCACUCUGCCCAGAACAUUUUAGUUACAUGGAAUAUUUUAUGGUUUGUGGUCUUUGUAAACGGAGGCUAUCCCGAAGUCAUAUGUAUAAUUUGAGUAACACCUCUGAAAUAAAUACAUGUCUUGAACGUGAUGGUAUACCAGCUAGACUUUCCGAAAACCUUUUUGUUUGCAAACUUUGUCGGUAUUAUUCAACCUUACAAGUAAAACAUUCUGGUGCACAUAUCAACUUGUCCUCCAAUCAACAAGUGUUCCUUCACAGCCACAGAAAAAGAAUUCUGCGUAAUCAUGAGGUAGAUGUCUCUGACAGUGAAGACGAUGGUGGGGUUGAAGGUGCUGAUGUGGAUGAAGAUGCAAGCGCAGAGGAAAGUACCACUCAGUCAUCAAACUUUACUUUAGUUGAAACUUUGGAGGAGAACCUUCCUAAAGGGAAGCGGAAGCGUGCAGCAUCAAACGCCUCAAUACAUUUAGACACAACUGAAUCCACUGAUUUGCCGAAGAAAAAGUCUCGCCACAGUGAUCAGUCUAGUAAGUCAAAGGAGAAGUCAGAAAUGGCUAAAAUGGCUUCGAGUGGGCGGUCCCGUGAGCGAGAGACGGUACGCGAAACUGUGCCUCCUGUCACCAUCUCAGUAAGCGACACUACCCAGGGUAGGAGCCACAAGGUUGGCAGACCCCCAAAACCCAAGCCGGAAAACGGGAAUGAGUUCAUCCGCAAAGGUUUGGCGCCGUUCUACCCAACAGAGGACGAGCUUGCUCUGCACUGCAAGUUACAUUUCCAGUCCGACGACGAGCCGUCCGUCAACCGUGCCUGGGAGAAGUGCACUUCUACCCUCCAGUUUGACAAGGACACAAAGAAGCUCUGGCAGGAGCUACAGCGACCCUACGGCAGCCAGUCUAGCUUUCUCCGCCACCUGGUGCUCAUGGAACGUUACUGGAGAGAGGGUGAACUCGUCCUCGCAGCGGAUGCCAGCGCCAAAGCUACAUCUUACACCAGGAGCGUCCAGAACAGGCUCAAGGCGUACGGCUCGACGAUCACCGUCAAGUCCACGCCACUGCCCCCGCCGACGCCCUCGCCCUCGCCCCACCCGGUGCAGGGCCCGGCGAGCUCGACCCCUACCCUGUCGGCCACCCUAGCGGCACCCCCGCCCCCAGUUCCUAUUGUAGCCGCUGUGCCCGCUGUGCCAGCCGUGCCCGUCAAGGACCUGGCCCUCGCGCUGACAGGUGGCACGGUGCUCACAGCUGCAGCUGCGGCAGCCGCCGUCACCGCUGUGCUGAGCUCGUCUCUCUCUCCCUCGGGCGAGGCUGGUUCCACGCCGCGCCCUCAGCAGACUCAGCAGGCUCAGCAGAAGCAGCCGGCUAAGCCCGUAGGCAAGGCUCCCCUAGGAAAGUCACAGCAGGUGAAGGGCCAGCAGUGGAAGGUUCUGCCCAACAAGACUCCACAAGACAAAACUCCGCCAGGCAGGCAAGUGCCAAGCAAAGCCCAGCCCGUCGUCCAGAUGAAGCCUCUCUUGACGGUUCAAAGGCCGCUGGCCCCUCAGACAGUCUCUCAACCAGCUCUUCAAGUGACUUCAGUCAUCCCUGCUCCAGUGAAAACUCCACAAGCUGUACCAUCAGUUCCACCGGUCAGGUUGACUGUCAAGCCUCCAACACCGGUUCAAGAAGUGUCGCCAGCUCCUAAGCAAACUCUUUCCCAUACUCAAUUGGCAAUUUCUCUUGCGGGCCAUUCUCUCCCGAUAUCCACUCCGAUAUCUAUGACUUCAGCAGUUACUAUAACUCCAGAGCCAAGUGUGAAAUCAACCCUUGAUAAGUCUCCAUCGGCUCUUGGAAAGCUUCAACCAAUUCUACCUAAACCUCCCAUACCAUCAAAAUCACCGAGUUCAUCUAGCUCUUUUACUCUGAGUUCUCGAGGUAAUUCGGGUACUUGGGAAGCAACACCUCCGCCGCCUAAUAGACCUCAAUUUCUACCAAUGUCAUCAUCUCCGGUUGUGAAUCUGACACGUUCCAUCAGCCUAACUGCUGUUCCAUCAUCUCCACCAUCAGUUCCUGAUCUUCAUCCAAUCAACUCAAUUCGACCAAAUAGGUCACCAUCUACCUCUCUUCCCUUGAGUUCAAACAGUAUUACUGUCACAACUUCUAGGGCCUCGCCUGGUGCAUCCUCUGCAUCUCUACCUAUGAGCUCGAGCAGCAUUACCGUCACAACUUCAAGAGCACCAUCAUUUGUCAGUAUCGUUCCAACUCCUUCAAGCAAACCAACCUUCUCCAAACCAUCUACUUCAUCGUUCAACAAACCUGCAUCAAUUACGCCUAUUUAUACAUCCCAAUCCCUUCCUGCCCCAGUGACUGUAACGUCCUCUGCUGCAUCUAGUGUAACUGCUCCAUCAGUUGUUGUAGUUGACAGUGAACCUCGAGUACCUCCUGCUGGGAAAGUACAUGUGACUGCAGGGGGCAAGUCUUUCUCUCUUACAAUAACCCAGUUUAAAAAGUUGCAAGCUUUGCGACAACAACGGCAGCAGGAACAACAGAAUAAAUUAAAACGACAAGCUGCGAAGCAGGUGAAAGAAAAGAAAGUGUUUUCCUCAGCAGUUACCUCCAUGUCUCUUCAAGAUGAUUUAGAAGUUGUUGAAGUACAUGAUGCCGAAAAUGACAUGCAGCAUUCCCCUUUACCUACAAUCAGUGCAGUGGUUUCUGGUGAUCAAGCCAAAGCCAUGUGGAGUGAUGAAUCUCGAUUAUCUGAAAGUGACUCCAGUAUGAGUAUUUCUGUCUCCUCACCAGUGCUUGAAAUCUCCCCUAUAAUAGCUGGUAAACCGGACAUUACAGUGGAAAGCUUACCUAAAAUUCCCAAGGCUCUUACAGUGACUCAGAUACGUAAGGAGAGUCCAACAUUGCCAAAAACUGUGUCUACAUCAGGACUAUCAGCUUUGACAAUCACAAGGCAGAAGUGUCAAACCCCUAUGGCACCUCAAAUGUCUACCCAAGCCCUAGAUAUAUUUCCUAGCUGAUAGUUUAGUUUCUAAUUUGAAACCUUGUGAUCAACUUACAAGAUGUAAGCCUAUUAAUACAUAUCUAUCUCUGUUAAAUGACUGCAGAAAGUCAAUUGGUAUUGGCUUUGAGAUCAUGAUCUGAUCUGAAUAAGAGAAAUGUGAAAAGUGAAUUGUUCUACAAUGAAAUGCUUAUCAUGUAAGCUCUUAUAUGUGUACUGUUAAAAAUAUGGUGCUUAAAUUACGUAUGAGUGAUAUUGGAUGCUGAAAUUAGUGAUUUUGUACAUACUUGAAUGUUUUGCUAUAGUUAGACACGCUUCUGUAUGGAGUAUUCUUUUUAGACAUAUUUCAGCACACUCUAAGCUUCAAAUGAUGCACCUGUUAUUGUAUGGGCCAACUCAGAAUUGAAUUACCAGUAUGUAUCUUAUUUAUGAAUCAACAGUGAGUGUGAGGGGAAACUAAGAAAAGAUAGUACGUAGUAAUAGACAAUAGUAUUUAAUACUGGCUGAGUACAUGUAUCAAGUGUUGCAGAAGAAACAGCUUUGUUUUAUUGGAUUCUUCUGACCAAAAUGUUACUUUCUUUUUUUGCUUAUAUCCAAUUAGUGCCAAACUCAAAUUGAUUUCUAUUUGUAUUCCCAGUAAUUUUUUUAUUAUUAUGACUAUUUUACUUGAUCAAAUGUUAAGCCACUGAUAUAGCUGAUAGUUACGUUCCCCAAACUUCAUUAUCUUUCAUGCUAUUCAAUAACAGUUUUGGGAACUCGUGUGAUUUAUUUUGUACAUAACAUUAUAUUACUAUAUUUGAAGAGAUGGUGCUUUAGUAAAUUCUGCAUAGAGACAUAGGUUCAUAUUUUGCUAACCCUAAUGAUAGUGAGCUAUAUUUUCUACUCUACUUUAUUUUUUUAAAAAUUCUUAUCAGGUCAGACAUCAGAUUUUACACAUCUGUGUUUCCUCUUUUGGAGUUUGUAGAAAUUAAUAAUCACCUAGUCAAGCUCAAAGCUUAUGUUCUGAGUGCACAUUUCUAUGAACUGACUCAACUAUUUGAUCUCCUUACCAUGAAAGUACUAGAUGCAUAUGAGCCAGCAGUCACAUCUUAAACUGUGAUUAUAGCUUGAGAAGAUCAGUUGAAAAAUUUGUCUUGGAGCCAUUCAGAGGAUUCGUUCUGAAGCUCUGCUUGAAUUUUAUUUAUGACUGUCAAAACAGACGUAUGUUAAUUGAAAAUUUCUUCCUUUUUUUUGUUUUUGUCUAUGUUUAUUUUAAGAUAUUGAAAUAUCCAGACAACUUGCAGUGUUGAUAGCUGCUCAUGCUAUAUCAAAUGUACAUGAGGUAGAGAUGUGUAAGGAAACUGGAAUUCAAAUCAAAAACACCAUGCUCUAUGAGUAAGUUAUAUUGCUUUUACUUUUGCAAUCUGCUUACAAAUUGAAGUGGAGUUUUCUAUCUAACUUAUUGAAAGCCUUCACUCAAUGCAUGCAUCUUUAAAGAAUAGAAUUGUAAUAAUUGCAAAGUCCCCUUGAAUUACACUUGUAUGGGUAAAAAUCUGAAACUAUAGAGAGCAUAUCGCUCUUGUUUAAUGGGAGACCUUUUGCUUCUUUGUACUGGAUUGAAUAAAUUGUUACGCUUAGUUUAGAUGUGAUGACAAAAGUUUGUGCAGUCUGAUGGCACAGGGUAAUGAACCACAUUGAUAAAAUAUUUUUGUAUAUCCUUUUUGAGAAAUUUGAAAGAUAAGAAAUUACUUGGGCUGAAAGAUAAUUUAUUUUCCCCUUGGUUUCUGAGUUGGCCCAACAAAUUAUUAACUUAAUUUAUUUUUUUAAAGAUCACCCAAAUGACAAAAAUUUCCUCUGCAAGAUGUCUUCUCUAACUUUUAUAAGAGACUAAGAAGCUGCGCACUGGGAAAGUUUUAUAUAUUGUAUAUGUUACCCCAACAUGUAUAUAUCGUGUGAACCUAUUGUAUUUAUUUAUUUGCUGUGUUAAUUAUUUUUUAUCACAUAGGAAAAUGGCCUAGAUUAGAUAUUGUUUAACACCUAAUUCUUAUGUGUAUUUUCUUUUUAUGGUUAUCUUAGUUGAUAAUUGUCAUCCACUUCAUUUGUGUAACUGCUUCAGUUUUUUUUUUUCUGCUCACUUGUAGACAAAUGUUUCUCAAUCAACAUUUUUAUUAUUUAAUUGAUUCUUAGUUGUAUUGGCAGUGUGUUAUAUGUAGACCUGUCAAAUUUUACUCAGACUUUUGUGAUUUCCUUUUUGUUUUUGAUGAGUUUUUUUAACAAGUAUUGGUAUUCUGUCAGUGCACACAAUCUAUGUAACAUCUUUCAUGUGCACCUACAUGGUGACGGUUUGGCAAGCCACUUACUUGGUGUGUCAGAACUCCCAGUGAACUAACUGCCUGUAACACUCAAUCUAGAAUGACAGAAAUUGUUUUCUUCCCAAGACGAUUACAACCCGUGUUUGGAGUUUAUCAUAUAUCUUGUUAAUUUUGUCUGGUUGGAUUUUGGGAAGUGAAUAAAUACAAGUUGUAUAAUUA